AUGAGUGAUACCGAUAGACCUCAAAGUAGAGGUGAGGAAGCUCAAGCGAGUCCCAGAACCUCUUUUAGUUUUAUUGGAGGACAUAUAGGAAGUGUAAAUACUUCAUCAUCUGUAUCACCUAGCACUAGUUCGAGUUCUUCUAGCAGCACAAAGACUGCUGUAUCAGAAUGUUUAAGUUCUUGGCUCAAUUACUUACAGAUUUUAAAUUCAUUAUGUACUGCCGGUUUCAAAUUAUCGCAAUCCUUAUCUACUCUGGCACAUUGUACACCAGACCAAUCUGCGACUCAAACACCUUUAGGUAUGAGUGGGCACAGUUUUUCAGGUGCUUCACAACCCGGAUUAAAUGUUCUUAGUGGUGGAGCAACAAGUGGCUCACUCAGUUCCGAAGGAAUUAGUGGGACUUCAGGAGGUGCAUUUAUGACCGGUCCCCCUCCGCUAUUACCUGCCUUGACUGGUUGGGAUGAGCUGGCGCGUUCUACAGCUGUGGCAACUGCCACUGUUAAAUGUCACAUUGUAGCCCUGCUACAAGAAUAUUCAUCUAUACCUCAGCAACAGCAUCCCCAGGCCGAAGGAGCUGCCGAACAGAUUGGAGCUAUGAGAGAUAACAACUAUCAAAUUAUCGCUGACAACAUAUCCACACUAGUGAACUUACAGUAUCAAUUUUGCAUUGCCUGUUUCGAGUGUCUUUCACUGGCAGACAUGUGUCAAUGUUCAUCAGGAGAAUAUCCUCCACAGGGAAUGGCUGAUAGCCCCAAAAGUGCAGCUGAAAGGGAAAGAGCACACUAUGAGCAUCAACAUCAUGGAAUGCCCCUUCACGAGACUGUCAGAGGUGGUGGUGGAUAUCAUGAAACCCCUCCACCAUUUAGAGGACCAUCUCCAGUGGAACAUCCAAGAGGUCCUAGUCCAAUACAAGGAUUUCUUGAUACAAUAAGAGGAAGUAGUCAUUUGGAACAUAUGCGAGGGCCAUUGCCCAAUCCUGGUUUACUUCAAGGUAUGAAAGCACCUUUCCACGGCGGUAGUGGAACAGGGGGUGCUUCAAGGGGUCUUAGAAGCCCUCUUCAUUUUCCAUUAUUUCCACUACUCCAAGGUCAAAGACGAUGGUCGGAAGCAGCGGCCGCGGAGUGGUACCGCAGGCGGUGA